CCCCAAUCUAGAGCAGACUCAGAGGACCUUUGGCACAAACGAUCAGGACACCUUGGGCCAAGAGCGCUUCAAGCUCUCGCUCAAGCAGCACAAAACGUUCAGAUCAAAGGCACAAAACGAAUAGAGUGUCCUGAUUGCUCUACAGCACACGCUAGCCAAGUGAUCUCUAGAAGACCAAGGGAAAGAUCGCCAAAACCUUUUUAUCAGAUAUCAUGGGAUUUAUUCGAUAUGCCUUCAGGAAGGCUUCAUGAAGAAUGGGCAUUGAUCAUCAAAGAGGAAUACUCAGGCAAGCUUUUCAAUCACAAUCUCUAUACUAAAUCUUUGGAUGAGAUUAUGAGAGUGAUUGAAGGAUUUGAAGCCAGAGUUUGGAGAAAGUACCAACUGCAUAUCGUAGAGAUCCAACAGGAUAACGAUACUGCAACACGUCCCUGGAGAGGACGAUCACGCUACGAAGAAUGGGCAGAAGAGAAGGGGAUCACUAUACUCACGCCACCACCAUACACUCAUGAGCCGAAUGGAUCAGCAGAAAGAGCUGGCCAGGAGUUGAUCACGAAAUCUAUCAAGAUAAGAUCAAGCGCCAACCUACCGGCUAAGUUG